GAUGGAGGAGGGCAGGAGAGCCCCCAUCGCCAUCAUUGGCUGGACAUGUACGACUCUGUGUUUGGUCUCCUAUGCGGCUGCCUUCUCGCACGGCGCGAGCCUUUCUGCCUGCACCGACAUGAUGCCCAGGCACCUGAGAGCGCAGCUGCACAGCCCGAGCAACAACUACGUUACUCUCCACACCAACAUGUCCUUCUACUUCCCAGGCGACAAGGUUCCAGUGACAGUGAGGAGCACCCGGGAUUUUAUGGGCUUUUUGCUUCAAGCUCGCAAAGUGUCAAACGACGAAAUCGCCGGCACAUUUGUCUUCAUCCCUCCUGGUUCCAAGCUGCUGACUUGUUUUGAAGAUGGUGACACCGUCACCCACUCAGACAAAUCACUGAAGAGAAAUCUGUCCUUCGUAUGGAAAGCACCAGACCAACCCAUUGGAGACAUCAAGUUUUUCAUCUCCGUAGUCCAGUCAUACUUUGUUUACUGGGCAAAGAUCGAAUCUGCUAUCGUGGCUCAGCGAGGGCAAAACAAAACGCUUUCUGGAAGCAGCAAGAAGCCCGACCCCGUAACCUCCGUGCCCUCGCAGGGACCGGCUGACCCACACCCCACAG